AUGAAGACUCCUCGGACCGGUCUGCUACUUCUCGUCCUGGCCCUCCGAUCAGCACGAGCGACGGACUAUUCGGUCGAUGUAAAAGCUACCCAACUACGACGAUCGAUACCUGAACCCACUACCGCUUCACCCCUCACUUCAACUACAGUCCCGAGUCAUGUGGCGACGGAAUUAUUAGGUGUAGUCGCUGUCGAUCCAUCAACCACUACACCAUCCUCUCGAAGUACGAGACACACAGCUUCAAUGCUCGGUAUAUAUGAAUCGCUGCUCAACGCUGAAACAACCGGUAUUUCUGCAGAAAGACAACCUUCCUCCGUUCCUGGAAUAGUAGAUGCUCAAUAUCCGGACUCGAAUCCCAGUCGAUAUAGUACCUCGUACAUAUUCGCUGCUCCUGCUGGCAAUUAUACUCAUACUUCAGGAUCCGCUACCGCUGGUUCAUUGACUUCGAUUUCAACGAUUGGAGCAUCUUCGACAUCGGACUUGGCAGCUUUUGAACAAUCGACGACUGCUAGUGACUUACUGCCCACAACUAGCGUCAAUACGGGUGAAGGUUCUUCUAGUUCCCUGACAGCUACAUUGACAUCGGUAAUGGGAACAUAUCAGGCUCCGGAGACCAACCCCAGCCCUAUAAGUCUCGAAGAUCUUACAUCAAGCUUGGUCGGAGAUGACGUCCCGCUCACUACGACGGCCACUACAAAUAAUGAAAACCCAGGCUCUGGCGUUGUCGCAUACGAAAGUCCAUCAACAGCAAUAACCAUGGUCAGUGAAUCGUCGUUCUCGGAAACAUCCAUUUCUCUAUUCUCGUCAGGUACUGUACCAUACGGAAACCCCACUACAACUUCUACGACUACACCCUACUCCGAUUCCGCUAUGAGCUCCACCACUGCAAUGUCCGCCACUCCAUACUCGGACGAAGAUGAAGAAGAGUGCAUCGACACAAGUAUAAUCCCUCUUGCCUCGUCACUUAACGCAACAGCUCAAUCUGAUGCUCGAUGUCUGUCUUCUGGAGGGGAUUGCCAAGCUUUCGUUACAUCUCUUGAUGGAUGUCAAGAUGACAGCUGUGCUUGUGGACUAACAUAUCAAGCUCAAUUGUGUGCUCAAUGCCUAAGCUGGGAAGAGGCAGUCCAGCAAUUUAAUCUCUACUUAUCAGCUUGUUCACUUCGAGGCAUAGUCCAACCUACUGAAACGAUCGAUGCGGAGUGUGAAGAUGCUACGGGGACUUCGGACGUACUCACCGAUGUAUUAGCGAGUCAAGCUGCCUCUGCUAUCUCACGAACGACGGGGAAUGCAGGUAGUACAACGGGAGGAAUCGCAGCGCAAAUGCCAAAUGUCAGUGAGCAAGCGGUAGUAGCUACUAUCAGUACGACAGAUACCAAUGGACAACCUACUUCCAUCAUCACAUACCUUGGAUCGACUUCUACCUCAACUGCGUUCGGGUCAGUUGUCAGUCAGGAUAGUGCUGGGCAAUCGACCGGAACGUCAAGUUCUGCUCUUGAUUCGGCACAUACCUUUUUCUCAACCUCUGUCGACUCGACUUGUCAGAGAGACUGUGAAUUGUGGCUGGAGCUUGCACAAACAUGUACAAACGAUGACUGCAUUUGCACGCCGGAAUCCUUGGACAGUGCCAAGUCGUGUGCGAGUUGUGUGAUAUCUUCUAAUAGUAACGAUCAGAUGAACGCCUAUGCUGGCUUUACCCGAGCUUGUAUCACAGCUACGACCGCGACAGCUGCUUUGGGCGAUAGUACUCCUGUCGUCGGUAUGGCAGCUGUAGGUACAUCAACCACUCCCACUCGGAGUUCGGGAGGGUUCAAUCCAUUCAACACGGAAGAAGCGUCUGAUACUGGCGCAUCAAAAACUCGAUUGGCUGAACAUCAAGCAGCAGAUGGUAUCGCCACUGUGGUAGCUGAGGAUAGUCCUGCUUCGUCCAACGCCUUCGAGUGUAGUGUGAGAAGUCUUGGCUGGGUGAUCACAGGCUUAACCGGAGGACUGAUGAUUGCCCUUGCUUGGUAG